ACAUGUAGACUAAUGAGUAAUCCUUGUAACACAUAGGCGGCGCCUCCCGCCGUCACCGCCGCUCUACUGCCGCCUUUAUUUCUCUCCCCUCUUUUUCCACUCCCUUAAUUACAGUUAACAAUCUGCACUUGUCGUUUAAUUUUUCCAGCUCUAAUUUUUGUGCAAUGGAUCUAGAGGCGGAGAAGCUUCAGAGCUUGAGCGUCUCCGACAUCCUCAAGGAAUCAAUUUCCAUCCGCAAGCGAUCCCCCAAAACUUUCUAUCUCAUUACUCUAACCCUAAUUUUCCCCAUUUCCUUCGCCAUCCUAGCUCACUCGCUCUCCACCCACCCCAUCAUCUCGCAACUCCAAUCCGACACCGCCGCCGUCGCCGCAUCCAACUGGUCGAGGCUUCUGAUUUUCCAGUUCUUCUACCUCAUCUUCAUCUUCGCAUUCUCGUUCCUCUCCACCGCCGCCGUCGUCUCGCUCUACACCUCCAAGCCCGUUUCCUUCUCCUCCACCGUGGCUGUCGUCCCCAGCGUGUUCAGGCGCCUCUUCGUCACCUUUCUGUGGAUCGCUUUGUUGAUGGUUGCGUACAACAUCGUGUUCCUAAGGUUUCUGGUGCUCCUAGUCUACGCCGUGGACACACAGAAUGUGAUCUUGUUUGUAUUCUCCAUUUUGGUAGUUUUCGCAUUAUUUUUGGGCCUACAUGUUUACAUAAGCGCAUGGUGGCAUCUAGCUAGCGUUGUUUCAGUUUUGGAGCCCGUUUAUGGUUUUACCGCCAUGAAAAAGAGCUAUGAGUUGCUCAAGGAGAGGACGUACAAUGGUUUUACAAUCGUUUUCGACUAUCUUACUUUUUGCAGAGUGAUCAAUGGGCUUUUCGGAUCGGUUGUGGUGCACGGUGGGGAUGAUUAUGGCGUGUUGUCGAGGAUUAUGGUGGGUGGAUUCCUAGUGGGUGUGUUGGUGAUCGUGAAUUUGAUCGGCUUAUUGGUGCAUAGUGUGUUCUACUAUGUCUGCAAGAGCUACCAUCACCAGGGAAUUGGUAAGAGCGUGUUGUACGAUCAUCUCGGUGGAUAUCUUGGCGAAUAUGUGCCUCUUAAGAGUAGAAUUCAGAUGGAAAACUUGGAUGUUUGAGUGCUAUAAAACUAUGUGCAGGGUCUGAUAAAUUCCUUAGAUUUGAAAAUAAAUAUCGUAUACUUGAAACCUUUGGAACAUGUGAAUGUCUGUUUCAGGGUGCUUCUCAAUUGAAGUUGUGUUGUGUCUGCCUUAUACAAAAUAUUCUUUGAUACUGAAUGCUCCCUUUCGUUUCUCUGUUUAGCUCAGAAAAAAUGUUCGGCAUUGAGUUUAUUGACUUCAUUGCCUAGAAAUAGUAUGUGUAGUUGGUUUAAUUUGGUUCUACGUUGAUAGACCUAGUUGAACUGUAGUUGACUCUGGGAAUAAUGUGUUUACUUUGUUUACAAAAUGGAAUCAUAACUCUAUCAUCUAGUAGGGCAUAAAGAAAUAAGUUAUAAAAAUUUGAGAGGGGCGUGGUUCACCUUGUAUAAUAUUUACUGUGGUAAGGAUAAUAUAGUGAAAAUAAUAAAGUUAAAGAAUGCUUGAUUCACUUUGUAUCUAUUGUGGCAUUGCUGGUUGACUGCAUUUUGUACCCUGAAAUGUUCAAGGGGGCAUGGAAGCUUAAACUUCAAUUUGACAGUUUGAUCUCUAGGUUUACUGUAUUCGUUUCUUCUUAUCAAAACCUUUGUACCUUCUUGAUUGUUGUAAUGUUGAUAUUUGAAAAUCUGUGAGUAUUUCUCCAUCCUUAUUGCUAUACUGCAGCAUUUGUGUAUUAUAUAUCUUCAUGCAUCGUUUUGUCAGUUUAAUUAUUUUACUUUUGGCUAGACUCUAAAUCAUCACUGCAUGAUAGGCGAUCAUACUGUGAUACUGGGAGUUGGAUCAAUCUUAGACUGAUAUAUACACCUCUCAAUAUAUAAUAAAGUAUGCUUAGUUUACAGAGGAGCUUGAGACACCCACCCCAUGAGGAAAUCGAUAUCUUUCAUUCCUUUGCAUUCAAAUAGUAGCUGAGAAAAACUAGUGUUAUGGUUCGUCUGCCUUGAAAAUAGAGUGGCACGAGUACUUUGCCCGUUUCUCUCGCCUAUAUAAGAGCAAGGUGGGUAUUGAUUUACAUGCAUAUUUCACUCCUAUAUAGCGUUAUUCUUUAGUGUUUUGGGCAUUUCUUAUCGAGUUGUUGAGUUGUCUAUUGUUUAAAUUGUAUUAUUUUGUGGAAUAGACUACUCGUCUGUGUUCGUGCUAUUUUUACAGGUUUUGAACUCGAGUUGGGAUGAUUUAGAUAAUUUUAGAGAGAAGUACACGAAGAGACGAGUCUAUAGGCGCAAACAGAGCUUAAAUUGGACACCGGACGAGGGAGAAUGAGCGUCAAGAAGUUCGCGCGUCGGAGAACACGUGGCGGCACGCGGAGCGUGCGCGUGGAGCAUCGCGCGAUCCAGGCAUGCGGCCGCAAGGCCCAGCCGCGCGACGAAACAGAGACUUCUAGACCACCGCACAGGUGAGAGGCGCGGCCACGUGAGCCUGUCGCGCGAUGUCGUGCGGGCAAGGCAAGCGGCCCCGCGAGUUGCCGUUUUUCCGCCCAAAAUUCUAAUUUGUUACUGUUUACGCGAUUUUGGGUAUUUUUGAGAGCUACAAGACCUAGGGCAUAUAAAUACUCCCCAAGAACUUAUUCUCUGAACCUUUUGUCAUAUUUUCUAUCUUUUGGAGCUGUGAGAUACGGAGAGCGAAGCCAGAGCAAAAAUUGAAGAUUCUCGAUUUUACUACGGUUUUAUUGUUGAAUGUUUUACAGUUUUAUUGAGACUUUGAUUCUAGUUUAUAUGUCUAUAUGUGGCUAGAAUCCCUUUUUCCUAGGGUUUAGAGAGUAAACAUGAUUUGAAUUUUUGACUGUGUUUGAUUCAAUUCAUCAAGUUAUUGUUCCUUUU